AUGGCAACCUUCGACGCGGCCGUCUCCGGCCCGGACGCGGUGCCCGACCUCCGCCUCGCCACGCACCAGUACAAUCAGCUCCUCCACCUGCUGGCCUCCGUGGACGGCACCGUCUUCCCCGUCCACCCGGCCGCCGCCGCCGCGCGGCGCGUGUUCGCCGGCAUGCUGGAGGCCAGGGCGCCCCCGUCUGAGGCCACCAUCACCUCGCUCACCUGCGUCGUCGCUGCAGACGCCGAGGGCGCCUACGAAGCCUUCAGGCUCGUCUCCUCCAUGCGGCAGAAGUACGGCAUCGUGCCGCGCCUCCGGUCCUACAGCCCCGUGCUUGCUGCGUUCCGGCGCGCCGGAGAGGCUGUAUAUGCACAAGCUGCGGUGAGCUGUCGGCUGCGUGACAAAGGAGAUCGCCAAGGGGGAGGGGUGGUUCCGGAGCUAUUAAGGCUGGUGACCCUCGACCUCCGCAGGACGCUGGCCCUAUCCCACGCCGCUGGAGGCCCUCGCGGCCGCUGGGAGCCGGGGCGCGUUCCUCCACAAAACCUUGAUCUGGAGCUUCGACGACGCAGGCCUCCAUGUUGGGCCGAGGAGGAAAAGAAGGGGAAGAAGGGGGGCACGUCGGAGGUGCCGGUCGAGCGUGCCAUCGAGGACGUUGAUGACGGCAGCAUGGGCGAGGCCGGGGAGGAGAUCAUGGUUGAUGCUUUACCGCCUGAAGUUGUUGACCUGGAACAAGAGGGUAAGGUGGAUGUGAGAACGGAAGCGCACGCCGUGGUGCAGGAUGUCGUGGUGUCCGAAGCACAUGAGGUGCCGGAACCAGAGGUGAAGAGUGAGGAGGUGGUGGUCCGAGACACAACCAAGGUGCAUCCUGCGCAUCAACCAGAGACGAAGGCCGAUGAGGUGCUGGUCAGGGAUACGGACACGGCUGUUGUGGUGCAGGAAAUGGAAGCAAAGGGUGAGGUGUCACGGUCUCGUGAGGCAGCUGGUGCGCAGACUACAGAGGCGGGCUACUUUUGUUGCUGGUGGUACGGGGGCAGGCAGUGGCGGUGGCUGUUGCUUAGAUGUCUUUGCUGGUUCAGAGAGAUAGAUGGAGUAUGAUGAUUGCAUUAAGGAUUGUGAUACGGUUGUUGAGAGGGGAAGAGAACUUCAUGCUAACUGUGCUGACUUCAAGAUGGUCUCAAGGGCACUGGCAAGGAAAGCAACUGCUCUUGUCAAACUUGCCAAGUCUUCCAAAGACUACGAUGUUGCCAUUGAUUCCAGAAGGCUCUAACUGAGCAUCAAACCCAGGUACCCUGAAAAGACUAAAUGAUGCUAAACGAGCAAAGAAGGAGCUCAAGCAACAAGAGUAUUAUGAUCCAUAAAAAGCUGAUGAGGAGCGAGAGAAAG